CUCUCUCUCUCUCUCUCUCUCUAAAAUCUAAUGGCGUCUUCUCUCUCCGCAUGUCACAGCCUUCCACAUGCUUGUCAUAUUUCUCGGAACAAGAAUGGUCUCUCCUCCCUCAACACCUUCUCUUCAAACCCAAACGUCUCCUCUCAUUUCCUCAGCAGAACCAAACCCCAACGUCUAAUCACUUUCACUCCGAGGCGGCCUUUCACUGUCGUCGCCAUGGCGCCCCCUAAAGCUGCUGGUGGUAAAGUCAAGAAAGUGACAGGAGUGAUUAAGCUUCAACUAGAGGCAGGGAAGGCCACGCCUGCACCCCCUGUGGGUCCAGCGCUUGGUUCUAAGGGGGUCAAUAUAAUGGCAUUCUGCAAAGACUACAAUGCAAGGACUGCCGACAAAAUGGGCUACGUUAUCCCUGUUGAAAUCACUGUCUUCGACGAUAGAAGCAUCACUUUUAUCUUGAAAACUCCACCGGCUUCAGUUCUUCUCCUUAAGGCUGUAGGAGUGGAGAAAGGUUCAAAAAACCCGAAGUUGGAGAAAGUUGGGGUGGUCACCAUUGACCAGUUGCGUGCAAUUGCAACAGAAAAGUUGCCGGAUUUAAAUUGUUCGAACAUAGAAACCGCAAUGAGAAUCAUAGCGGGCACCGCAGCUAAUAUGGGUAUUGACGUUGACCCUCCCAUUCUUGAACCUAAGAUUAAAGAGAUUCUGUAAAGCCAUUUUUGGCUUCUAUUUUGCUACAAUUUGGUGAGAAAUGUAUUUAGCAGCAUUUUUGUUGUAUUCGCGUUUGUACCCUAUUGGGGAGCAUUGUAUUUGUGUUUUGUAGCUCAUUUGUGUUGCCAAUUUGAGCCUUGAAAUGGUAUAUUUUCAUGUUGGAGAUC